UUACAUAUUUAAUAUUUGCUAAUUUAUGGGAGAACAUUUUAUCGGGCAUUGUUUGUUGUUUUGUUUUUUAUUUAUUCCAGUUCACGCCAUCAAGAAAAGAACAUAAAUGCAAGUCUGGGCAGGUUUGUGAAACUACAGCAUCAAGCUGCAAGGAAAUACGAAAAUCUGGCGCAGGAAGUAAAGAGUACACGGUGUUGGUCAAAUUCAGUUCAAAGACACUUACCAUAUUCUGUGACAUGCAGCCAACGAAAACUGUGACCUUUCUGCAUACGGCUUCGCUACGGAACAUAAGCGACCUCAAACAGUUCUACGACAACAACACACAAGUUGUUUUACGACAUCGGUGGGUUGAUGGCAGACAAUAUGACAGUAUCUUGGAGCAAAUACAAUCGUUAACCGCAAUACCACUAACGAUAACCUCCCCACAACCUGAUGGCUACCCAAAGCCGAUCAACACCGUUCUUGGAGAAUAUAUAUACCUAUGUUUUCAACCAAAUGUUUUCCCAAAGUCUAUUAAUGGUUUUCGAGCGAACGGACAGGACUUCAAAUUCAGUAACUCAGAUAUGUCACGAAAUAGUUACUUUGCUUUUUAUCCAAAUAUUGCAAAACGGCAAUCAUCCAGUUCGAUGAACUUCACAGACGGUUUAAUUGACGUUAUGGGAUGGAUAAAAUCUUCGAGGAAGGUCCGGGACAGCGUCCUCCUGUCAAAAGAUUAUUUCUAUGUUACUGAGAUUCACUUUGGUGGGAACGGAGGGCUGACAACGUCGACGUUAUGGAGCUCCGUCACGGGGACAUCGCUUGGUCUCAUACAGGCCCUGUAAGGCUGAGGUCGACCUGGAUGAUGAAGUGUAUCCUACCAGGAAACGGGAAUCUGGCCAAAGGUUUCAGAUACAUCGAUGAUCUGAUACUGUUCAAUAAUGGUGAAUGACCUAAUCCCAUCCACUGACUUACCCACCUACAUUAGAAAUACAAGCGACGAUGUGUAAAAGAUUCACUUUUUUGUG